UUUAUUCUCUCUUUCAAGGUUUCAAUCUUGCUUCAUUUGUCAACUUCUUGAAAGAUUCUCUUUUAAACACCAAACAAAAGUAUUCGUUUUGUCUGUAAAUUUUGAUUCUUUUCCUUUUUACAAAAAAAAAAUCUCCCCAGUUGUUCUUCUCCUCACCUGUUUCUUUUCUGUUCUUGAACCUCCAUUGCUGUCUCAGUAUUUCCUUCAAAAACCCAUCUCUUAUUUUCAAUAAAGUUUCAACCUUCUUUCCCUUUGAUUUCCACAAACAAAAUCAAUCAAUCUGUUAUUUUCUCUGGGUUUUCUUGUAGUGAAAUAUACAAAAGGAAGUAUAAAGUUUCACCUUUUUUCUUCUCUUUUUCAAAAUAGAUAAUAACAGUUAAAAUCCCAUAGCCAAAAUCCUUGCCUUUCCUUUGUUCUAUUUCCAAGCAACCCCUUUAGCCUUAAGCUUCAUCCCCUCUUAUUUGUUCCUUUUUAAAGGUUUCAGUUUUUUUUCAAAAAAAGAGUAAAGAAAAAGUAUGGGAAAUUCUUGGUUUUUAGGAGUACUAAUACCAAUAUUCCUGUGUCUUCUUUUCUUUGGUGGUUUUGUUAAUGGUCUCGGUGUGAAUUGGGGCACCAUGGCAUCACAUAGACUGCCGCCCAAGACGGUGGUUCAGAUGUUAAAGGACAAUGGAAUAAAGAAAGUUAAGCUGUUUGAUGCAGAUUCAACCACCAUGAAUGCUCUUGCUGGAAGUGAUAUUGAAGUCAUGGUUGCUAUUCCUAAUGAUCAACUCCUUGCUAUGAAUAGCUAUGAUAGGGCUAAAACAUGGGUCAGGAGGAAUGUCACAAGAUAUAAUUUCAAUGGAGGUGUUAACAUUAAGUAUGUAGCUGUCGGUAAUGAGCCGUUUCUCACGACCUACAAUGGUUCCUUCCUAAACAUCACAUUUCCUGCACUUCAAAACAUUCAGAAUGCACUAAACGAAGCCGGGGUAGGAGACUCGAUAAAGGCUACCGUGCCAUCGAAUGCUGAUGUCUACAACUCACCUGAAAAUAACCCUGUUCCAUCAGCAGGCCGGUUCCGACCUGAUAUCAGUGGUCUUAUGACACAGAUUGUUGAAUUUCUGGCCAGGAAUCGUGCACCUUUCACCAUAAACAUCUACCCUUUCCUCAGUCUGUAUGGAAAUGAUGACUUCCCCUUCAACUAUGCUUUCUUUGAUGGAGGAAACCCGAUUGUCGAUAACGGGAUUCAGUACACUAACGUUUUCGAUGCCAACUUGGACACGUUGGUUUCGUCUUUGAGAGCUAUAGGUCAUGGGGACAUGACCAUAAUUGUAGGGGAAGUCGGCUGGCCCACGGAUGGGGACAAGAAUGCUAAUAUAGCUAAUGCUCAGAGAUUUUACAACGGGCUCAUGCCUAGACUUGCAGCCAACUCCGGCACGCCCCUGCGGCCGGGAUAUUUAGAAGUAUACUUAUUCGGCCUUCUAGACGAAGACAUAAAGAGCAUUGCUCCGGGAAACUUUGAGCGCCAUUGGGGAAUCUAUAGGUACGACGGGCAGCCUAAAUUCCCACUCGAUCUUUCCGGCCAGAAUCAAAACCGGUACCUCAUAGCUGCUCAGAGCGUCGAAUAUCUCCCUCAGAAAUGGUGUGUAUUCAAUCCAAAUGCAAACGACAUGAGCAAACUUGCAGACAACAUAAACUACGCCUGCACCUUCUCGGAUUGCACGGCGCUCGGGUAUGGAUCGUCUUGUAACAACCUCGAUGCCAACGGAAACGCUUCAUACGCGUUUAAUAUGUACUACCAGGUCCAAAACCAGGAUUACGGAGCCUGUAAUUUCCAAGGUCUAGCCACGUUUACAACACAGAAUCCUUCACAGGGAGCAUGCAGUUUUAUAAUUCAAAUUGCUUCAUCAUCAUCUUCCUCCGUUGGUCCCUCACUGAUGAGGAUGGCAGUUUUUGCUGUAUUAACAUUUGUAUUACUAUGAACUCGAAUUCAGUAUGUUACAGAUUCUGGGUUAUAUUUUUUUUGUCGUUGAUUUUAA